AUGGGCACGCAGAAUUUGGACCGCAUCUACGUCGAAACACACGAUGUAGACACUUCAGACAAAGCAGUGUUCAAGGUGGCACACGCACUGCUUCGCCCACGGAUGAAGAUUUCGAGGAAGGCUUCAUCGAUCCAAAAGAAGAGCGCGCAUUCUCUCUCCGGUAACGAGCUCAACUACUUCACCACUUUCUGCAAUAUUGGUUACAUGAUCAUGCUCUACCCCUCUUGCAUCAUAGUCUUCCAUUUUGGACCUUCCAAAUGGCUGCCGACAUGCGAGCUCAUUUGUGGUAUCUUGACAUGGUGUUUGUCCACGGUCACGAACUACAAGCAGCAAGGGAAGAAGACUAUAGAAGACGAGAAGUUUGAAGUUGUGCACGCUGAACUGAGCUUGAAUCGCGUGAGAGUUCGUGGUGAUAAGAAGGAGAUUGGGGAAGAGGAGGAGAUCUUGGAGUGCCUCAAUGAGGAGCUGGAAGUCAAUUCUCAGGAAAGUCAAACGACGUAG